AUGUCUUCUAAUUUAAAUCAAUUUAAUUAUUUUGAUGGAUCAACUCAAAUUUAUAUUAUAGCAGCAAGUAUUGUAACUCCUUUGAGUUUAUUAAUAAUAUUCAAAAAUUUCAAACGUUAUAGGAAAACACAUGAAAUAUAUAGCUUGUUAAGUACUAUCUGUCUAAUAAUAUUGAAUUUUAAUGUUUGGGUGUUUUUAAUAUGGUCAUUACAUCAAAAUCAAGGAAGAUUGAAUAAAACUCCCUUACAUAAAGACAUCUUACAUCAAAAAUUUAAUCAAAUUAAUAUACCCGGAUUUUCCUUUUUAAAUUUUCAAAAUAAAUUACCAUUAACUAGUAAUGGAAACAAUGAUGGGAGUAACGAUGAAGAAUUAGAAGAAAAAUUCACUUGUUCAUCCAUUCAAGUUGAUAAUCAAGUUCCAAUUGAAGUAGGUGAAUUAAUUGAUUUAAAUAAAAAAGAAGAUUUGAAAAUGAUUAGGGAUCAAAUCAAAGAAUUACUACCGACUGAAAAAGCUUAUAAAUUAUUUUUUCAAGAUGAUAAACAUCAACUGGAGGAAGAAAUUUUGAAAAAUAAAUGGUUUAAAUUUUGUGGGAGUGCAGUAUGGAUGAGUAAAUAUCAAGUUUAUUUUAUGGUAAAUCGAAUCAUUUAUACUAAAGAUCUGAGAAAAAAUUCACCAACUAUUUCAAUAUUACAUGGACAAGUAUUUGAUAAAAGUUGGAAAGAAUUAAAAAAUUAUAAAUUUCCAAUAUCAGAUUUGGUAUUUCCAACAGUUCUACCUCAUGAAAUAGAUUUAGGUAAAAGAUCUAAGAAAGAAGUUAUCGGAAGUGAAGAUCCAAGGGUCAUAUUAAAAGAAUAUAUAAAGAAUGAAGAAUUGUUUCAAGAACCAGUGAUUGUGUUUAAUGCUAGGAGUACGGAAAUAAAUUGGGCUCGAGCAAUGCAUACUUAUCAACCAUUUACCAAUGCAAAAAAAAUUACUAGAUUGACAAUUAAGAAUAAAAAGAUAAGUUUUAGAGAAAAAAAUUGGGCACCAUUUUUUGAUAGAGAUGCUGAUGAUAGUAAUGGCAAAUUUAUGAAUUUUAUUUACAAUUUCAACCCUUUAAGAAUUAUAAAAUGUGAUUUAUCUAAUGGUGAUUGUAAUCGAAUUACAGGACCUCCAUUUAAUUCUAUCCUGGUAAAUGAUAAUGCAGGUAAAUUAAGAGGUGGAACCAAUAUAAUUGAAAUACCACAUGAUUAUUUGCCUUCAAAUAAUAUAACCGGUUCAAGAAAAUUUUGGAUUGGAAUAGGAAGAUCUCAUAUAAAUGAUUGUGGAUGUGUACAAGAAUUAUAUAGACCUCAUAUUUUUCUAAUGUCAAGAAUGGCGGCUAAUGAAAAAUCAUUCCAAUUAGAUUAUGUUAGUUCAUUAAUUGAUUUCAAUAUAAAUCCUGAACCAUGGUAUGAGAAAAAUGCAGAAAAAUCAGUUGGAACAUGUCAAGAUGGAAAAUCUGUGCUUAUACCGAAUUCAAUUUCGUAUUGGGAAUUUAAUGAAAAGGAAAAUAUAGAUUACAUGGGUAUUACUUUCAGUGAAGCAGAUAGAACUAAUAAAUUGAUUCAUAUUAAAGGGAUUUUGAGAUAUAUUCAUGCAUUAUUCAAGGAUUCUUCUGAUAUUGCAAUUACUACUAAUGAUGGAGAAAAUGAAAAUUAUGAAAAAGAUGAGAAAAGUAAAUUAUUAGGACUGUGCUCUACUUAUUUAUCUAACGAUUAUUGUGAAAAGGCAAAAGAACUUUUGAAUUGGUAA